AUGGGCCUCAUCAUUGAAACUCUUGGAAACUAUAAAUAUAGUGUCCUCCUUCACAACCAUCACAAAUCACUCAAGCAAUCAAACUCGUACACAAUUUCCUUACAUCAAGAAGUUCAACUUUUUUUCUUCAAAACAUUUGAAAUGGGUUUCCUUUUACCUUCAGCUAUUAGAUGGUCUUCACAUCGCAGUAUCAAAACAUCGUCAAAAGUAUCAAAUGUGCCCAAGGGAUAUGUUGCGGUGUAUGUCGGAGAGGAAAUGAAGCGGUUUGUUAUCCCCAUUUCAUACUUGAACCAACCAUUAUUUCAAAACCUGUUGAGUCAAGCAGAGGAAGAAUUUGGAUAUGAUCAUUCAAUGGGUGGCCUUACAAUUCCUUGCAGAGAAGAUGUUUUCUUGGACAUUACUUCUCAGUUCAACAGCCUAUAA